AUGGAGUUCGAGAGGACACAUUACCCGGACGUUUUCGCGAGGGAGAGGCUGGCGUCCAAGAUCGGCUUACCAGAGGCUCGGAUCCAGGUGUGGUUUAGCAACCGAAGGGCAAAGUGGCGGCGAGAGGAAAAGCUGAGGAAGCAACAACAGCAGCAGCACCAACCAUCGGCAACAACAGCAACAGCAACCCAGCCCCCACCGCCGCCACAGCCUCAACCGCAACAGCAGGAGGGAGCGAGUCCAUCCCCGUCGGGUUCCCCUCGGCUGCUCAAUGGUUUCCACCCGGUCGCCUCUCAUCCUUCGCUCUAUCAGACGACGCUCCAUCACGACACACCAUACAGGUCAGAUGCUUUCAUUGUUCUUAAGUUACACAUGACGCCAUUUCGUCAUGCCUGGCUGGGGAAGACGCUCCGUCCUCCUGCACGAUCACGAGUGCCACCCUGUCACGAAAUGUCGGCCAUGCGCUUGCUGGAGGGGCUUAGCGGCUCCCUUCGCAGUGGGAUGAGCUGCAUGACAGGGACAGGAGUCGGAGGGAUGAGCGUCUCGGGCGGAUUCCCCGGCGGCGGGAAUCCCCUGGGGAAUCCCCUGGGGAAUCCGCCGGGAGUGAACGGCGUGAACGGGAGCUCGGGACCGCCGUACGAACACCUCGCUGCCUCCCUGCAUCACCACCAUCAUCCGUCGUUCCAUCAGGCUCCCGGUUAUCAUCCGCAUCAUCACCAUCCGGGAAGUCACAUGAACCAGUAUCCUGGGCCCGGGCAUCAUCAUCCUCAUCAUCAUAUGCAUACCGGCAUGCCUCCAUCUCACGGCCUGAUCUCGCCGGGCGUGAGCGUCCCGCUGGCAGUUCCCCCGUCCCAAUACGACAUGACCCCGCCCCAGUAUUGGCCGGCCCCGCCUCGGAUCCAAUGACGUCACACGGAUUCACUGACCUCUCCCGGCCCCUUCGGCGGAUUCAGUGACGUCAUACUCCACCUGCAGCGAUUCGAAUGACGCCGUGUGCCGCCCGGCGUCGUCCACCACCACGAUCAAUGUGAUAUCUUGACAUCAACUUCAUUCGCGAUUGUCGUCGUAAUUCAUCAAACGUCUACAGUAUCGUCAUGCCUUGAUGCCAUCCAUUCUAUCAGUCACCCCUG